CGGGAUCGCAAUGCGCAGCAUUAUGCGCUCAUCUUCACACGUAUCUAUCCUUCUAUGCACCACCAACUUCGCCGACGGAUGACGAAGCUGCGGUGGGGGACAUCCUUGCGUAUGUUACCAAGGUGGCCCGCGAGUUUCGCAAGCAACAGUACGAUGAUAACAACGCACCGCUCCUCUAUAUCCGCAUCCAAGUUGGGCAAGUGUCCUGCAGCGCUUUGCUGGAUAGCGGCGCGUCUCGCAAUUCAUGAGCCAAUCCUUUAUGCAAAGGGUUGGCCUUGGCACACAAGUUUGGAGGAAGGCAAACCCGACGGCGAUCAAGUUGGCGGACGGAAGGACGCAACAACUUAUCGACCGCUACAUCGAGGCCGUACCGGUGUAUUUCGCACCUCAUGCAUGCGAAUCGGUGAUGUUCGACAUUUUGGACACGGACUUCAAUAUUAUUUGGGAAUGUCUUGGCUUGCAAGUGCGGAUCACACGGUCAAUACCCAUCGGCGGACUCUUACCGUUCUCGACGCUUUCGAUGCCGAAGUGUCGUGUACUAUUCCUCUUCCGCACCCUUCGAUCCGAUGCCAAGUGGUGACGGCCAAGUCAUUCCGGGCUACUUGUGCUUACGAGCAGCCCGGCGAAAUUGGCCUAUGUUUCCUACAGUCCGUCGCGGUAGCCGACUCUUCACCCACGGACUUGUCUUCGGACCCCCGUGUGGUGCGGUUGCUUGACGAGUUUGCCGACAUCUUUGAGUCACCUACCGGUGUGGUGCCGGAUCGGCCAAUCUCUCACGAGAUCAUUCUUGAGGUCGGUGCCGUGUCGCCGAAAGGUUGCAUUUACCGCAUGAGCGAGGAGGAGCUUACGGUCCUCCGCGCACAACUCAAUGACUUGUUGGACAAGGGCUGGAUCCGCCCUAGUAGCUCUCCAUAUGGAGCGCCAGUUUUCUUCGUACGGAAGACGAACAAGGAUCUACGAUCGUGCAUCGACUACCGCAAGCUCAACGCGCAAACCGUCAAGAAUGAGGGGCCUCUUCCGCGUAUCGACGAUCUUCUUGAGCGUUUGGGCGGCGCAAAGUACUUCUUUAAGUUGGAUUUGAAGUCGGGAUACCAUCAGAUUUCGAUCCCGCCGAACGAUCGCUAUAAAUCCGCAUUCAAAAUGCAGUAUGGGAAUUUUGAGUGGGUGGUCAUGCCUUUUGGCCUCACCAACACCCCGGCGACCUUUCACGCGGCAAUGACCAACGAGUUUCAUGCGAUGUUGGACCGGUUUGUGCUGGUCAACUUAGACGAUAUUCUCGUCUAUAGCCGAUCAUUGGAGGAUCAUCUUGAGCACCUUCGACGAGUGUUGGAGACGCUCCGCCGCACCAAGUACAAAGCUAACCACGACAAGUGCGAAUUUGUCUGGCAAGAGCUGGAAUACUUGGGCCAUUUUGUCACACCGGAGGGCAUCAGUCUGUUGUCGGACAAGAUUCAAGCCAUCCAAGAGUGGUCGGAGCCACGGAACGUCACGGAUGCCCGUUCGUUCCUUGGUCUUGCCGGCUACUACCAACGUUUUAUCAAGGGAUACUCGAAGAUUGUGGCCCACUUGACCAAGCUUCAAUGCGAGGAUUGGCCGUUUGACUUCGGGGAGGAUGCGCGGGAAUCAUUUUGGUUCUCAAAGCCGCGUUAUUAUCUGCGGAGGUCUUGCGCAUAUACGACCCGCUAUUGCCAACGUGCGUCACUACGGAUGCGUCCGGCUAUGGCAUUGGUGCCGUCCUCGAACAACACGAUGGCGUGGACUGGCACCCGGUCGAGUACUUAAGCAAGAAAGUGUCCGUCGUGCACUCCAUUGAUGAUGCACAAAAAAAGGAGCUCCUAGCCUUCGUCCACGCGCUCAAGCGUUGGCGGC